GCCCCGCCCCUCGGCGGCGUCGCGCGCGCGCGCGGGCGGGCGGGCGCGCGGGCCGGGGCGGGCCGGGGCGGCGCGCGCCCCCGCGGCAGUCGCGUGGUCCCCGCGCGUCUCCAUAUUGCUGCGGCUGCCUCGGCGGCGCGGGGGGGGCGGGCAGCGCGGCGCGGCGGGGCUCGGGGGCGCCGUGUGCGAGGGGAGUUCCCCGGCGGGGCGGGGGCGCGCAGAUGGCGACGCAGGUGGAGGCGCUGCUGCCCGGCGCCCCGCUGCUGCCCGCCGAGGAGCGCGCCCUGGUGCUGAAGCCGCCGCAGGACGGCGGCCGGGAGAAGGGCGAGCCGCCCAUGGGCCCCGACGGCGGCCCCGCGGCGCCGCGGCCGCCCAGCGCCAAGCAGCAGAAGGAGGAGAGCAACAACCAGGAGAAGGAGAGCCUGCUGCGGGCGGGCGGCGGCGAGGGCCGCGGCGAGGCGGAGGACGGCGGCGAGCCGGGCGGCGCGGGGCGCCGGGAGUUCAUCGAGGCCCCGCCGCCCAAGGUGAACCCGUGGACGAAGAACGCCGCCGCCGCCGUGCUCACGGUGAACGGGCAGUCGCCGCCAGAUGUAUUUCCAGCUGAUGGCCAUUCUGAACAUACAACUCCUGCUAAAGUGGUGAGGGCUGCCAACCCGAGACAGCGGAAAGGAAGCAAGGUUGGUGACUUCGGUGAUGCCACAAAUUGGCCAACACCUGGAGAAAUAGCGCACAAGAGUGUCCAGCAGCCGCACAAAGCACCGUCCAUCCGUAAACUGCCCAUCAAGAAAGACAUGAAAGAACAGGAGAAAGGAGAUGGGAGCGAUGGCAAGGAGAGUCUGAAAACUAAAUCGGAUGAGUCUGGGGAGGAGAAGAAUGGUGAUGAUGACAACCAGAAGUCAGCCCAAAAGAAGAAAGGCAACAAACACAAGUGGGUCCCUUUGCAGAUAGACAUGAAGUCGGAGGUGCCCAGGGACAAAACAGCCUCUCGGAACAACCGGCAAAAUGAGCAGCACAGACACCCUUCCAACAACCGCAGUGAGCUGAAAGGCUGGCACCCAGAUAAUAAGCAUGAACGCAGCUGGCAAGACCAUGAUGAAACCUCCAGCGUGAAGAGCGAGGGAGGAGCUGUGCGAGGAGCCUUCCGGGGCCGAGGCCGGGGCCGCGGCAGGGGCCGAGGCCGUGGCAGAGGAGGUGCUCGCUCACACUUUGACUAUCAGUAUGGGUACCGGAAAUUUGAGGGCUCGGAUGGCUCCCGCACUCAGAAGUAUGCUAGCAACAUCACUUAUUACUUCGACAACAUCAGCAGCACUGAGCUGUACAGUGUGGACCAGGAACUGCUCAAGGACUACAUCAAGCGGCAAAUAGAGUAUUACUUCAGUGUGGACAACUUGGAGCGGGACUUCUUUCUGCGUCGCAAGAUGGACUCAGAUGGCUUCCUUCCCAUCACCUUGAUCGCCAGCUUCCACCGGGUGCAGGCGCUGACUACCGACAUCAGUCUCAUCAUCAAGGCUCUGAAGGACAGCAAGGUAGUGGAAAUUGUGGACCAGAAGAUCAGGAGAAAAGAGCAGCCAGAAAAAUGGGCUCUGCCUGGCCCUCCUAUGGCAGACUACACACAGACAGACUUCUCCCAGUUCAUCAACUGCCCUGAGUUUGUGCCCAGGCAGAGCUUCCAGAAGGAGACAGAAUCUGCUCCUGGCUCCCCACGUCCUGCCAGCCCGGUCCCCACCAAAACAGAGGAGGUCAGUAACCUGAAGACAAUGCCCAAGGGCCUGUCCGCAAGCCUGCCUGACUUGGAUUCAGAGACAUGGAUUGAAGUGAAAAAGAGGCCUCGGCCCUCCCCAGCCAAGCCCAAGAAACCAGAGGAGUUGAAGACACCACAGCAGCAGAAGCAAAAGGACCAAGAUGAACCUGAGGAGUUGGACUUCCUCUUUGAUGAGGAGAUGGAGCAGAUGGAUGGCCGCAAGAACACAUUCACCGACUGGUCGGAUGAGGAUUCGGAUUAUGAGAUUGAUGAUCGGGACGUAAACAAGAUCCUCAUUGUGACACAGACGCCUCCUUACCUGCGCCGGCACCCUGGGGGGGACCGGACUGGCAACCACACAUCCAGGGCUAAAAUGAGCUCAGAGCUGGCCAAGGUGAUCAAUGAUGGGCUGUACUACUAUGAGCAGGACCUGUGGACAGAGCAGUUUGAGCCGGAGUACUCUCAGAUCAAGCAAGAGGUGGAGAACUUCAAGAAGGUGAAUAUGAUAAGCAGGGAGCAGUUCGAUACCCUGACGCCGGAGCCCCCUGUGGAUCCAAACCAAGAAGUCCCUCCCGGCCCUCCCAGGUUCCAGCAAGUACCUACAGAUGCUUUGGCUAACAAGUUGUUUGGAGUUCCUGAGCCUUCAACGAUUGCCCGGUCUUUGCCUACGACUGUACCAGAAUCACCCAACUACCGCAACGCCAGGACCCCCCGGACCCCUCGCACACCUCAGCUGAAAGACCCAACACAGACACCCCGGUUUUACCCAGUGGUGAAAGAAGGCAGGACGAUAGAUGCCAAGACUCCACGGAAGAGGAAGACGAGGCACAGUUCAAACCCCCCGAUGGAGUGCCAUGUGGGCUGGGUGAUGGACUCUCGGGAGCACAGGCCUCGUACUGCCUCUAUCAGCUCCAGCCCCUCAGAGGGGACCCCGGCCGUCGGAAGCUACGGCUGCACCCCGCAGUCCCUGCCCAAGUUUCAGCAUCCUUCACACGAGCUGCUCAAGGAGAACGGCUUCACGCAACAUGUCUACCACAAGUACCGUCGGCGCUGCCUUAACGAGCGGAAACGACUGGGCAUUGGACAAUCCCAGGAGAUGAACACGCUCUUCCGGUUCUGGUCCUUCUUUCUCCGAGAUCACUUCAACAAGAAAAUGUACGAGGAGUUCAAGCAACUGGCUGUGGAGGAUGGGAAGGAGGGAUACAGGUACGGUCUGGAGUGCCUUUUCAGAUACUACAGCUACGGACUGGAGAAGAAAUUCCGGCCAGACAUAUUUAAAGACUUUCAAGAAGAGACCAUCAAGGAUUAUGAAGCUGGACAGCUUUAUGGGCUGGAAAAGUUCUGGGCCUUCUUAAAAUAUUCCAAAGCCAAAAACCUGGACAUCAACAGCAAAUUGCAAGAAUACCUCAGCAAGUUCAAGCGCCUCGAGGACUUCCGAGUGGACCCACCCAUGGGAGAGGAAGGUGGACACAAAAGAUACCCAACGACGUCAGGGGGAGAUGGCAGGAAGCGCUACCCAUCCCAGUCUUCCAGCAAAACGGUCAGCCAGUGCCCAUCCAGCCAAGCCCACACCUCGCCCAGCCAGCCUGCGCAUGAGGAUGCCAAAAACCUGAGCCAGCUAGUCCCUGCUCCAGCAGCUGCAGAAUCGCAGACAGUGGGGAAGUAGAGAGGCUGCAGCUUCUGCUUCCCGCUGAGAGACGGGGUGGGUUGGUGGGGGACUGGCUCGGAAAAGGGGAGACGUGAGGAGGAGGGACAGGAAGGGAGUUGGAAUAUGGGUGCCUAUGAACAGGCUGCUAGGGAGAAACUUCAACGCACAUGAUUUUUUUUCUCUUGUGGCUGGAAAGCAAAGACGAUCUGCAUCUAAAACACCAUUUUGCUAUUACAACCCUGACCAGAGCCAGACCCACCCCCACUGGACCCAUCCUUUGCUUUUCCUCCCCACUGCUCCCUUCUGUGCACACAUUCAUGUCUUAGUGUCUCUUUAAAAAAUGUUCUGGCUGGGUUGGAAAGGGGAGAUUUUUUUUAUUAUUAUUAUAUAUAUAUCAAGUUUUAAAUUAUUGCUAGAAGUUUGUCUGGAUUUACCAAAACAAGUCUGCUCUGCGUGGCCCCCAAAACUCCCCUCUGUGUUCACCCUUUGAAUCGCUGGGCAGCCCGAUCAGGAAGCUCGGAGGAGUGAGGUUCCCCGUGGGGGAUCGAAGCCGCAGCGUCUCGUGACCCUGUGGAGCCUCUGAUCUCCAUGACCUGGCUGACUUCUCCCAUUCCACAUACGGCGGUGUGUCUUUGUCGCUGACUGCUGCAAAAGGAACAUCACCCUGUUCGUCCUUCCUGUCCCUCCUCCCCAACGUCUUCACCUCCAACCUUCCCUUGGGUCUGGUUCUCCCUCUGCCCGCCUCUCCCUUCCAUCACGGACAAUUUGGAAGUCAACCAAAGGACCUCUGCCGAGGAUAGGCUUGUUCUGACUCCUUCCUGCGAGUGGGGCUGGUGAGAGGCAGGCAGGCACCUGGACUUGAGCCCAUGCAGACAGUGCGCCUGCUUCCCCAGGAACACCCAUUGCCUACAAAGACAGGACUUUGUCGAAGGAGGUUUUCUCUUCCUUUUCCCUUGGAAAAAUGAAACAACAAAAAAAACACACAAAAUCCCUAAAAACAACAAAAAAAAACUCUUUAAAAAGACACAUCUCCCUUUGCUUUCUUCCUUGGAAAUAUUAAUUGAAGAAAAAAACACAAAAAAAGGAGAAAAAAAAAGUUGCCUUAUGGUGGAGCUGGAACUGGGAGGCUUGCUCGGCUUCCUGGACCUUGGAGUGUGCUUGGCUCUUAGCCCGCCUGCCCAGAGACUCCUCACGGCACUGCUGCCGAGCUGAUCCUCCCCGCAGCCUUUCCCCGGACCCUGCAGCUCACUCGGACACCUCCCCCUGCCACGUGGACCCCCUGCGAGCCCCAACUCCAGCAGGGGAAGGUGCUGAGGGUAGUCAAACCCAAGACUUGUGCUCAUGAAGUAGUUGAAGACGCUGCAUUGUGUAUAUGCUGUUGUAGCAUCCUCCCCGCGACAGCAACUGUAUGUGCUUAUGGCCUCACUCGGGACUUCGCCCUGCGCUGCUCGUUCUGCUGUCUCCAGCCAGUCCCGGGGCAGCCCAGCGCUGGGGCGGGAGCUCAGCCUGUUCUGCUCUGCACCUCCAGUGUCAUCAGGAGGUGAGCAGGGAGAUCCAUCACAGCAGCGAGAGGAACUAUUUCUUGCUGUGAGCAAGGGAGAGGGCGAGCAUGUCCUUUGCAUAACUUAAUGCUGUAGCCUGACAUGUGAGUGAUGCAGUGCUGGGGAACUCCGCCCUCUGCCCCAGGCGCAGGUCUGUUGGUGGGGCUUACUAGGGGUACGAGUGGGAGACCUGCCUGCCAAAGAGGGGCUCUUGCGUGGGUUUCCCAUUAUAUGUCUCAGCAGGGGACUGCAUGAAGUCUCCUGCUUUGGGCAGCAGCCCUGUGCUUCUCCAAGGGCUGAGACUGUGCCCUGCUGCCCCUUGUUUGGCUGAGGGAAGGGGGAUGACUGCACAGCUGCUGUGGCAUUUACUCAGCUCCUCUGUGCAGCACCAGGUGAGCUUUGGCAGGCAAAUCCUCCCCAAGCUUGCAAGCUGCAUUGCCUGGAAGCAUGUGACCACAUGCUGGGGACACGUCAGAGGGGGUGAAAUCUGCUCCUGGAGCCCAGAUGUAGCACUGGAAGAUUGUGCUCCUGCUUUAAAGGUAGAAGCUUCUUUCAGUAAGAGCUGCUUGCCUUGCUGCUGCUAUGCUCUGUCUCCUGGGUCAGGAUGUGUGCUUUGUAGCUGUCUUGAUUGUGGCUCCUGGUACCUUAUCCUCAUGAGCUGCAGUGUGCUCCUGUGCCUGGUGGGGGGCACUGCAAUGGGCUACUCAGAGAUGCGGCUAAUUGUAUUAUCCUCUUCACAAAAUCAGAAGUUGGUAAUGAGCUGCAUCCUUUCAAAGUAUCCGACUGAUAAGUGUUGCAUCUUGUAGCUGGAAAAAGGAGUCAUCUCUCCAGGGCAGUCUCUGUACAGCUGCAAGGCUUGUUGGCAAGAGCAGCCAGGAGGUGAGAACAGAAGAAAGGACAGUGAGCUUGGGCAAGUUGGCCAGAGCAGCCAGCAGGGAACUGGAGAUCAGAGGUGGCUAUGGAUGCUUACUGGGCCCUGCCUGGCUAAAGCUACCUUCCCAAACUGACACUGCAUCAAAGGUGCUGCUUCAGUAGGUGGGGGGAGGGAGGGAAAGGAGGGGGGCUGGUCUGCGUGGAGCAGCUUCGUGAACUGCUGCUAAUAAUAGAAAGCACAGCUAGGGUUUGAGCGAGGCUGGGUAGCUGCUACUUUGCCAUUUCCUCAUAUUGUGAUCCUAUUCCAGUCUGUCUGCCAUUACUGCAUCAGUCCUGCAGCUUGGUACCACUUGGAGGCCCAAUUUCAGCACACAGACCUGUCCGAGGCCUUGGCUUACUCCGCUACAGCAGCAGUGAUCAGGGGUCCCAAAGCGGUAUGCAGGCUGGGUUGUCGAGCAAUGUUUGUAUAGUGGCGCGGCCUUGACUGUUACCUCUGAAUUUCCCUUCUCUUGUGGGCUGGAGUCAGACAUUUAAUGUUAUGAAUGUGGCAGGGUUUGACCCCAGUUUUGGAAGGAGGAGCCCUGAGGCUAUAGACUGGGGAUUGAGCAAGGACACUAGAGACUUAUUACUGAUUGUUCUCAAGUGCAGGUGGGUUUUACUUGAUGCCCCAGGUGGUCCUUGCUGCUGUGUUCCCUGUAUUCCUCUCACUGGUGCAUGUUCUCUUUUGAAGCCAAUUGUCUGCAUUUUAUUUUAGCAACAAACAAAAUAGGAAACUAGGAAGAAUAAGCUUCUGCUGUGGAGUUGUCGCUUGUGGAGCAGACUGUGGAAUUGCUCGGGUAGUAGAAGAGGUUAAGAAACAUCUCACAGAAUAUUUUGAAAUUUGAAUUGAUCUUAAAUUAUUACUUUAAUUUCCCAGGCUGAGAUCCUAGUCUUGGCCCAGAACAGUUUUUUCCCCCCUCUGCUGAGUCAGUGGUUUGUCGUAUCAGUGUGGUGAGGGCCCUGUUUAAACAACGUCAGUUUUACAAGAGAGGCUUGGUCAGAAGGGCAAUCCUAGCUGCCGUGCUGCAGCUGGGAUUUGCAUGCUGUUGGUCUUUGUUAGAGUUGACAGUAGGUCGUCUGUUAACUGCGUGCCUUGUUUUCGUUUGUGUUAGACAGCAGUGUGUCCAGGGAGUGAAGGAAAGAUGGAAAUAAACAGCCUCGAGGCAGCUGUUACUUGCUCCUGUGUGUCUUCCUGUGGACUGAAACAACACAGGGCAACAAAUCUGUUUUGUGUCACUAGAGCAGGGGAAUAAAAGGCUCGCUGUUUGCAGCCCCCAGUGCAGGGGCUGUUAGGGGGAGAGCACUCUGUAGUCUUCUGGCUAGAAGCAAGUCUCCUACACCCUUGGGUGGUGUGGCAGCAUUUUGCAAGCAGAGUGCUUGGUGUGCCAAGGUGAAGAGGGGCUGAUUGCUCUGAGGUUGACCUAAGCAAGGUUUACUAAUGUCUUACAGUGUGCACGGGUGACAGAUCUUUAAGUGCACUUUCCUUCUUGCUACAUGAAACCUGUCACUGCUGUAUAGACUUUGUACAGAAGGCAUUGCAUGCAGCUUACUCCACCUCCGGGGAAAGGAGAUAGCUGUCCAAACAGGGGUUUUGCUUUUGAGGAAGCUCGGAUCCUUCUUGCCCUCCUGCUGAGGAAGGAGUUUGGCCUUGCUUUCAGCUUGGAUGCUUCGUCGUGAUCGUAUUUCAUGCUUUUUUAUUUUAGUAGUCUGAGCAUGGUCCGGCACAUUUAUUCCUGUUACUGCAGUGCCACUCACCAAUGUGUUCUGCAGCUCGCGAUCACUGCACCUGGUCGGCAUCAAGCCACUGGCGUGGCCGGAGGGAACCACCUGCUGCUUUUGGAGAGGCACGCUGAGGCUGUUGGGCAGCUGGUAACGCGCAGCCUCUGGGCAGAGCUGGGGGAGCUUUCUCCGUCUCAUCCCCCUGCCCAGGGAGGUCCUGCUGCAGGCUGUCUCCCCUCUCUGAGGUCCCUUCUUGCAGGUGCAGGUAGUUGUGACUGGUCCAGUGCUCUGUGGUAUGGGCUCAGUAGUGGAGGUGGAAAGUGUGUGUACACACGUUUUGGAGGAGGCGUUAUUGCUUUGCUGUAUUCAUUUAAAAAGAAACGACAAAACAGAACAAAAAAACCCUGCUGCUCCAUUUGCCUGUCUGUCCCUCUUCCUGCUGCUUCCCUUCACACUCCCCUUUGGUGACUUUUCACCAUAACCCUCGGGUUCCCUUGAGGUUCUGCGACUGCUUGAUUUGCUUCUGACUGGUCAACUGUACUGUAACAAAAUGAUGCGUUAACCUCAGUAUCCUGCCACGUUUCCUUACGCUUUCAGCAUGGCAGUGCAGAGGAGGGGGCCUUUUAGCUGUUAAUGCCUUUCCAGUUAUUUUAUCAAAAGGAAAAAAAAAAAAACCUGUAAAUGUAGCAAGCUGUGUUUGGAAUGCUUAUUUUCUCCUGUGUCUCUUCUCUGAGACUGGUUAUGUCACUUCGUCACUGUUUUGAAAUGGAUGCUAGGCUCUUAAGAGAGAGGGUUGCUACACUUGAUGUUAAAUGCCUCACUGACUUUUUUUUUUUAAAGUUUCCAAUACAUGUAAUAGAUGAAUGACUUUUUUAAAAGAAAAUAUUCAUCUCAGUGGCAUGAAAUAGGUGGAUGGAGGGCAGUGUUUCAAUGAGUAGUUUACAGUUUCACUUUCUGCAGACACUUGAACAUAGGACCGUGUAUCUGUGACAAGCACAUCACAUUGGUGGGAAGCUCCAGAAAAGCAUGAAACGGCCUGGGCGUCAACCGACCCUUUUUCAGUUUGUGUAGAUGUCAGUGUGUUGAAGCGUGCUUUGGGUCAACUCGAGAUUCCCCUCUCUGUCCCUUUGUAGCUCAUUCCCGCUUCACUAUGUCCACAGUGGGGAGUCUCGUCCGUAGGUUGGCCUGUGUCAGCGACAUUUUCCGCGGGAAGGGGUGCUUGGCAGCACUCCAUCCUUUGAGCCUCCCUGAUGUAGCAUUGUGUGCCUGCAGGGCAUGGCAGCCAGCCUGUGCCCCCUCCACUGCCCCCAGCCUUGCCUGGUCCCCUUGGGCUUGGAAAUCUUGGAACUGUGACUUGGAAGUGGAUGCUGAGCUUUACCUCGGUAAGGCUGCAGUGGGUAGUCCCGGCCCCAAGGGUUUGCCCUGACCUGCUCAGAUCGUGUGGAUUAGACCUUGGCCUUUCAGUAGCUCACCUGGAACAAAGGGGGUGAUGGUUCGAUGUGCUGGCCCUUCUCAAACUGUGUGUGUCCCAACCUCAGCCUUCUGUUUCCCAAAACUAGAAAGUGUGUGCAACCUUCUUCAGCUGCAUUUAUUGUAGAGACAAACUUAAAAUGACUCAUCACAGACCAUUUAUCACUUGGGAGGAAAAUCUUGUUAAUAUGGCCCGCUGUACAUGAUCCAUCUUCUGUCGAUAGUACAUAAUCUUUGACCCAUGUGCUAGGAUCAUCAUCACAUAUAAAAGGAAAAGAGAAAAAUGUAAAAUACUUGAAUGAGAGCUUGUAUUAUAACAUUAAUAUUAUUCAGAGUAUCUGCUUUCUAGGCUGAUGUGAUUCAUUAUUCUAGUAAUGCUUUAGUCCUUUGUAAUUUGUGGUAAUUAUGCUUUUUCCUUUUUAAUACAAAAAAAUGUAUAAAAAUAAAAACUUCAAAAGACAA